AUGCCAUGCAUAUAUAUGAUGCAGAAUUGCCCAGAUCGCCAUCGACUCGAGAAGAAUACAUAUAGUAGAAAGGAGGCGCUGCUAGCGAGCCCGAAUAUGGAAUCGCGAAUGAUUGUGAUGGCGGUCGACGACGCACUGUAUAGCGAAGAAGAAAUAAUUGAUUUUUGCGAUGCGCCGAAUAUGGUCAUGCGAGUUGACACGAACUGGCACACGAUACAAAUGCUGUUCAGAGAAGCUUGGAUGAUAGCAGACGGGAAUCUGAAUAGCGGAAUUCUCAAGUUGACCAAUGUGAAAAGAAACGACAAGGCUGCCACUACCAUCUCGGAGAAGGUCUCUUUCAAGUGUGAUGAUGGUCCAACUUGA